CCGAGUGAAUGGGAAAGAACAGUAUAUAUUGUCUAGUGCGGGUAAUAGGCACAACUAGACAAGCAGCUGAUAAUGAAAGUAAAGGUAGAAUUAAGAAUAAAAAUAAAAAUCAUACUAGCUAGGCCCACGUUAAUAGAUUUUGUUUAGACCUUUAUGUCGCUAAUUAAAGGAAGGGAUUGAGAUUAUUCAACAACUUUUAAAGAGUUGAUUGUACUCUCUUGAUCAAAUAUUUCAGGCCACAGAGCAACAAAGUCAGCACCAACAGAGUCAGCACCAUCUAACUUCCUUGAUCAGACAUUCAGACCUAUAUCAAAACUUUGAUACUCAUGUAAUAUAAUCACAGGAAAUUUUAAUUUCAAUUCCCUGCCCUUCCCUACAUUAGAGAGGCAUAUCAUAGGAUAAGAUUUUAUUAUCAGCAACUAAUCGCCUUCUUAGCCUUCUCCUAUACCUGCUCCUCAUAAGUCUUGUUUACUUGGAUAGAUAGAUAAUACAGUAUAUUAUCAUUACAUCUUGUCGGUAGAAACUAGAGUCAGGCCAGAAUCUAAAAACAAAUUAUAGAUAUCAAUCUCAUCAAACUAGUGUCAGCACCUUCAACCUCAAGCUCGUCUAUGGAAAUCACAUCCCCUAGCAGGCCUGAUGACAGCGAUGCCAAUGCCACUGCAACAGCCACAGUUGACCAUCAUCAUUACACUCCUUUUGAUUCCAUACACAAGAGCAAUUAUGAUUUUGGUGGUGUGAGCGAGAUCAUUGAGAUUAUGGAGGAAGAUGAGGAGAAUCUUAUUGCAUCGUCACAUAAAAAAAAUAAGACUAGCUUUAUUGGGAGAUCAGGAGGGCAGCAGUUGACUACUAUCAGUGAAGGUGGCAUAAUAACUAACACCACAAGUUUGUUCUCUAUUGAUAUCCACAAUAAUAGUGGAAGAUCAUCUGAUGAUGUGGUGUAUGUUGCGGUGGGCAAGAGUGAAUCGAGCAAUGGUGCGCUUCUAUGGACCCUCAAGCAUUCUGUUCAUCCUGGGACUACUCUUGUUUAUCUCAUUCACGUCUUCUCUGACCUCAAAUUCAUUCCAAGCCCUUUUGGAGGAGGGGUGGUACCAAAGACUCAAGUGAGUCCAGACCUUGUGGAGAGUUACAUGGUGCAGGAUACCAGAAAGAGGCGGGAAUUACUUAACAAGUACGUUGAUAUCUGCACUUCACAUCGGGUACAGGUAGAGACUAUACUGAUCGAGAGUGAUUUUGUGGCAAAUGCUAUCGUGGAGUUGAUUUCUGUUCUCAACAUUCGCCAGUUGGUUGUAGGAAUGUCCAAGUCCAACUUGAGGAAACUGAAAGCAGGAAAAGGAAGUGCGACAGUAGCAGAUCAGAUAAGGCAAAAUGCAGAUGAGGGGUGCGAGCUCACAAUUGUAUGUCAGGGCAAAAAACUGAAUAUGUCUGAGCAUUAUCGAACUUUUGAAUAUCAUCUGCAUUCAAAUUCUACUUCUUCACCAACAGCUGCCUCUAGCGAAGGCCGUAAUCAAUUCGACGAGCAGCAACAGCAGCCUCCUCCACCCCACGGUUCCUUCUCUUGUUGCUUUAAAGGUUAAUGUUUUUCAUCGUCCAAGUAUCAAUUUUAUGUAAGAGGAAAAAUACAAGAAGCGGGGAUAGCUCAGUUGGGAGAGCGUCAGACUGAAGAUCUGAAGGUCGCGUGUCCGAUCCACGCUCACCGCAUUUUGUCAUUAUUUUUCGCAAAUAUAGCCGCCGUUCCUCCUUGAGAGCUGUGACUUGUAAAGAAUGUAUGCAACCUCACACUUGACUACUUGAGUAGUUUAUUUUACUUUUAAGUUGUUGUAUCUGUACUCUGCUGAGGAGUACUAUUGUAUAUCUGUUCCAUACAAUAAUUCCAUUUAGGAGACAUUCAGUCCGACAAAUAUGCAAUAAUAAUAUCAAGUAAUAUGUACUUAUUUAAAUGUCUUUAAUUAAUACUCCAAAUCCUACUUUGAUCUACUGACUUUAGACCCUAAUUAUGACUCCCAGCCCUUUAACAAUCAGAAUUAUGUUACUUUAGUCCUUAAUCAUGCACUUGUAGUCACCCUUGCCUUGGUGAGUUGGUGCAGUACA